GCUGUGCCCCGCCGUACUGGACUCGCUGCUGGCUGCUUUCGGGCCCACCUGCGUGGUCUUCGGUCUGGAUUUUCCUUUGGAUAUCUGGACUUGGGCGGUGAGGCUAGACCCCGCUCGGACAUUGCUUCGCCAAUUUGUGGUCGGGGCGAACGAGCCAUCUUUGGGGGAGCUGGACAUUGCCUGCCGCCGGCUCGAAGGGCAUCACUCUCAAAGUGUGUUGCCGGGCCGCGUAAGGGCUAUUCUACGAGGACGAGCCGAAGAGAUGCCGGCCUCGGGAAAGCUUCAGCCGUGGCACUGCGGGACGUGCCAAUGCCAGAACAAAGGAAAUCAAGAAUUCUGCGGUGGAUGUGGUUCCCACUGGCAGAAAGUUACGUAUUGGUCGAGCUCGGCCAGUCAAGCAGCACCGUGGCGGCCACCACAGGGAGUGUGGCAGUCACCGGCAUCACCGAGGCGACCGAGAUCACCCAGGAAGCGAGCUGGCAAGGGGCAACAGGGGCUGGAAGCGCCUGUGGCAAAGGGUGCGCCGCCCCCCCCCCCAACCAGCAGCGCCAAGUCUACAGGCAUUGCCUGUACCGCCUUCCAUGCCUACCUCCUCGACAGUGCGGGAGCAGACCACUGCCCCCGCUACGGAUGCGAACCCAGAUCGAGUGAUGCUGCAGAAGCUGGUACAGGCGUUGGGGCAGCAUCAGGAAUUGCUGCCAGAAGGCGUGCGAGAAAUUUUGGCUGCCCAGGGCCGGACGGAGGUGCAGGACCAUACGAAGAGCCUCCACCGCACCGUCUCGGCUCAGGCCACAGCUCGUCGGGAGCUCCAGCGGAUUCGGCAAGGACGGGCGGCUUUCCUGGCCACCUGGAACACGUACAUCACCGACCUCACCACGCUUGUCGCGAAGCAAGUCGAGGAGCAGGGCAAGGCCCUGGCAGACAUGGACGAGCAGGAGGGGAUGUGGGGGGGCAAGCUGCAGGAGGCAACGGCGAGCCUUGCCAAGCUUGCCAACAAAGGCAUCACACCAGAGCCGAAGACAGCCAUGGAUGUGGAUGCUUUGGAUGCGGUGGAGCUUGCCGAGGCCAAGGUGGACGAGGCUAUUGCCACAGAGCAAGAACGGCACGAUCGGAGACAGCAGCAGCAACAGUCGGCGUUUCAACUCGUGGCUGCAUUGAAGCAAGCUCAGGAGAAAGCCGGCAAGGACCUCGCGGAGCAGAACAGCCAGCGGGAACGCGAGGGAUCCCGUACACCCCGACGAGGCGGACAGGCUGGGUUGUCUGGACCAGCUACUGCGGAAAUAUCGUCUUCCUCGCCGGGCAGCUCUGUGGAAAUGCAGCCAGUGCUUACCAAGCCACCACCUGCAGCAGUCCCUGGCAAGGCCUGAGGAUAGAUGGUUACCAGAGUGACCGCUCCCUCGGGCGUUUUUCGGUUCGGGAAACUUUCCCCACCGACACAAGAUGUUCGUACAGUACUGUGUGGAUGGAUCCUUCUUUUGUGCUCCCGGCGCGGGCGCAGAUGCAAGCUCUUCUCCUACAGCACGAGGUUCGGUACGACGUCCAGUUUUCUACUUCUCUGGUCUGGGAUCCCCGACUGGAGUCAUCACGUGAGGAGGCCAUUUGCGUGAUGCCCCGUGCCCUUGCCGAAAGCACGGUUGGUCCUGUGUUCCAGAGUUCCAGGCUUCCUGAUGUCUCUGACGAAACAGGACGGCCAGUGCGAGUAGGACAGGACCGGGUGGGUCACGGACAUGGUCGUCCGGCUGAGAGCUGGCAGGCAGAGACGUGUGCUUGUACAGUUGUUUUUCCGCCUUUUUCAUCUGCUGAAAGGCCCCUCUCGCAUAGCAAGGUGCACUUUAGGGAUGGGGCGCAGGACGAAGUUGCUACCUUUCGCCCAGGUGAUAGGCUGCCUCCAUACUCCCAGUCGCAGCGUGUGCAGCAUCGUGUUGCUAGCACCGCGCCAGUCCUCCGCCUUACCACCUGCCAGGCGUGCGGCUCCUCAGGUCCGGUUGCUGGUUGUCGUCAGCUGUCCCUGUCGCAGCAUGUGCCGCCAAUGGGGGUGUGCACUGCAUUUUCUGGUGAGUCCAAGGACGGUUCCAUGUCGAACCUUGCUCACCUUUCAACUCGCCCCUCCGACUCUGCGGAGGUUUUGGCCAAGCCGCAUGAUAGAGAGAAUCAGUGCUUGGGGACGCCUUGUCGUGCGCCUCUCGCGCCUCCGGCUGGAAUUCCCGGGAAAGCUGCGCGAGGCCCCUUGUUGCGUCGGCCCGGUUCCAUAGCACUGCUUAGAGCUGACUCCAUUAUGGUGUCCCCCGUUGACAAGAGAGCUGCUCCGAUUUUCGAGGGCCCUCUCUCGCGGUUUGCAUGGGGCGGACAAAGCGGAUCCGACGAGGCCACGGUCUUUACGGUCUUUGACCAUGUGCGACAUGUGCUUGUCGAAAAAUGUGCGCCGGGCGCCAGCUUGCAUGAUGUUGUUGCGCUGGCGCUCUCUGACGCGCCUUUUCAGGUUGGAGCGGUCCAGGUUUUGUCGGAUGUUCUCCCUGGCCUGCCGGCACUGCAAAUUGUGCUUUCAGAGCUCAGGCGGCCUGUCGAUGAGCUCCCUAUCCCGUGGGAUUUCCGUCAGAUUGGGGAGCCCAUUAAAACCGUGCGCCACCGGGCCUUACAGGACAGCACGGAUGCUUUGCUAGAUGCCCAGCAGCUCCUGCAUUCGCCUCGGGAUUUGCGGAAUGAGGUUGCCGCCGGAGUUGUUGUCGUACAAGAUGCGAUCGGCGCUUUGCGGCCGGCACUGCCUAGGGCGCUUGAGGAGGUACAGUUUUUCCGGGUUCGCCUUCCGGUUGCAGAUGGGGGGGCACUGGCAACUGAUUUGGAGCUCACCACCACCACCACCAGCCUUUUCGAUGAGGAGUUGCUGACCAGGCCAGUUCGACGCCCGAGAUACCUUGAAGGAGCGGAGGUGAUCCCUAGGAGAAUUCUCGUUGCGCCAGCGGCCCACCUGCCGGCCUCUUCUUUGGGACUUUUUCCUCACUUCAGAAGAGAGGGUGCUAGUGCUGCCCCCUACCAUCUCUUGUUGCGCGGCUUUCAUCCCUUACGCCGAAUGGGACAGAGCCGGUGGACUUUAAUGGACUUUUGUGACCAUGCUGCCAUGGACAUAAAUGGUUCGGUCAGAUGUGUUCAAGUGCUGGCCACUAACAUCCCCGGCCUUUUGCAACCACAGAUUGUCGUUACUGCUGAAGCCGACGAUGUUACCGCUGUGCUGCUGCCCAUUGACAUGCGCGCCGGCCCAGGCGGAGAAGUUGUGCCUGUCAUGCUUCGACCGGGUUCUAGAUUCGAGGACAUUGUGGCGGCCAUUGAUGCUGAAUUGCCGGGCAGCCGGGACUUCUUCGAUGGCUUAGGGGGUUCACAGCAUUGCCAUUUUGUGGACUCGCAAGGACUUUUGGUCGAGGCUCUUCCGGCCGACCCCAGGUGCCUGCAGUGGUUGGAGCUCCGGCCUGUUGCCCCGCCUUUCCUGGACCGUUCGGUCACCACUGUCACUACUACUGGGGCCUUUGAACUGUGCGUGGAUACCUGCUGGCACGAUGCUGAGGUCACGUUGACUGAGCCCCAUCGUCUUCCCGCGCCUGAUCUGCCUGAUGAUCGGGAUCCACCCACCUUGCUACGACUUGAGCCGGACCGUGGAGCUCGGCCGAAACAGUGCUCUUCUGACUGGCACUUGCAGCCCACGACAUUCCGUGCCUUCAGGGAUGACCGGGUUAGUCUUAAGUCUUGGGGUGCUGCGGAGCCUGAGACCCGCCAUUUGUUCACAGUUUUUGAUACUGUGCGCCAUUGUACGGUGAUAACUGCAGAUGGAGCGAUCUCCGUCGUGGACUUCGCACGCAGGGCGGCGGCAACGGCGCCCCAGCAUGUUCGCUCCAUUCAGUUUCUGACGGCACCAGUCGCUGGCUACCCUUUGCCACAGGUCGUGCUGACGUACGAUAAUGAUGGUUUGAAUGCGUUGGCGGUGCCGUGGGAUGGGCGUAAUGCGGGCCUUCCCAUCCGUACGGUUGCACACCAGCCGGGCGAGGGGCUCUUGCCUGCAGCCCAAGCCUACCAGCGGGUUCAGCCGAUGGCCGGGCGUUUUGAGGUCAUGGUCCAGAGUGGUUUUUUCGUGAUCUUGGACGUUGCUGGGGUCAUCGACUCUGCCUUGCCGUUGGACCUCACCGAAGUCCAAUUCCUGCGCAUUGAAACAAGACACGGCGCGGGGGGUGUCUUCCCCACGUUCGAGAUGGAUGCAUUAGAUGGUGGCGCAGCCGGCCUCUUCCAGGGGUACGGCAUACCGGGGCUGGCUUCUGUGUCCAGCACCACUACCACCACCCAGCCGACCACCUUUCGUCUCAGGCUACUGUACCGGGGAUUUGAGGCAUGGCGGGAUGUGUUACGGCCCUGUGUACAGCUUGACUUGUAUGUCGAAGCUAUGCUGCACGAGCUUGCCGCUGCUGGCUGCAUUCCUUCGGGUCCCAUUUCGAUUACCCUCGCCAAGGCACACCCUCCACCUGCCGAUUUCCUCCAGGAAGUUCUGUUCCUUGUCAUCCCCUACAAUGAUUUCCCCGCGGUCCAUGCGGUCUUCGACAGCCGGAUGCAGGGUGGUCACAUUGCAGCGGAUGCGGUUCCGGAGGGUGUUUCAGUUGACCAGGCUGUCAGUAGCGAGUGGCGUCGAAUGGGUUUUUCUCCUUGGUCAAUGGCGCGCCUGAGCAGUUGGUUGAUCGUCCUAUCGGCCAUGGAGACUACCUGCAGGUAG